CAAAACAUAACCUAUAAAAUCUACGUGUUAUUCACUAAAAAAUCGUCUGAUUCUAUUAUUUGUUUAACAAUGCAUUAAUAUACAAUAAAAUCAUGGAGGAGUUCUUGAAAAUCAAAUGGACCAUUGAUGAUCCUUCCGAGUUGGAAAAACAACCAGAAUUUAUAAAAGAAGAGGUUUUAUCGCAAUCUCUCAUUUAUAAAAAUUUCGACAAGCCUAUUAAAGAGUUGUUUGUGAACCCUCUUAAGAAAAACAAGAAAGUCCUUACUGUUAAUGGUAAAAAAUGUAUUCCUGGGGAACAGCAUUAUUUUGAACAUAAAGAAUUUUCUUUUUUGAAUGAAAAACAGCAUGAACAUUGUUUGAAGGCUUAUGAGUUGUUAAGAAGUGGUAAAAGUCCUGCUGACUAUUCAGAAAGUGAAACAUUUUUCAUUAACACUUUUAAUGAGUUAAAACCCAAAAUAAUACAAGAAAAUGAGUUGUAUCAGAAAAAGUGCAUGGCAUUGUGGAAAAAUAAUGUGGUUAGUUUAAAACCUGUAAAUUGUUCUAAUAAUAAUUACACAAAAUAUAUUUGGACUGAACAAUGUAACAGAUACUUAAAUUAUGGACCAAAAUUCAAGGAAAUUUCGUCGAUUAGUUUAACAUACACAGAGGAAGAUGGAGCAGUGGAAUAUAAAUGUUUGAGCAACAUUUUGGAAGUGGGAAUUUUGGCCAAAUUCACACAUCCCAGUUUUAAAACUAAAUGUUUAUUGCCGACAAAUAGUUUGCCUAGGCAAACUGCUAAAAUGACAUCUCAGUUAGAAGUUAGUAAGGACAAACAUAUAAAAAAAUUGUUGGAACAUCAUAAAAUUGAUGUGGUUAUUUCGAAUGGUGGAUUAAAAUGUUUAAUGGAUAAUACUAAUCCUAAAUCUAUUUGGGAUAUACCCAUACUUGUAAAGGAAAUAGAAAUUAAUCAAGAUUGCAAAACUUUUAAGAAAAAAGUUGUAUUUAUAGACAAACCCUUACCUAUUAAAACACCAAAUAGGCUUGAUAUAAUAAAUAUUUGUAUGAAAAAAUUGAUCAAGACAAAUUUGUGUGAAUAUGAAGCAUUUCAGUAUCCUGUACCAGAUAUACCUGCUGAUAUGAAUGCUGAAGAAAGAAACAAACUUGAGCAUCAAGGAAAUGUAGAAAAAAAACGCAUAAUCCACCAUAAUGCGCAAUACAGACUUUGGAAUAUUAAAAAAGUAAAAAAUCAACAUAAUUUAUUAAAAAAUACUAAUGAAGAUUCAAAUAUAAACUUGUUAAUAAGAAGUAAGCUUACUGGUUGUGAGAUUGGUGAAAAUGGGGCCUUAAUGCCAGUAAUAUUAAGACCAAAAACAGAGCAACAAUUAAAGUUGGGCGCAAAUAUACCAUCAAAAUCAGAUCUCUCCAGGGAAUGGACUUCAUUAUUUUUCACGCCAUAUUCAAACCUAUACAGGGCGCGGGUAAACACCAACCCAGCGGAACUGGUGAAAAUCGAAAAAUGCAGCAUACAAAAAGUUGUCAAUGAAGCCUGGGUUCAUUAUAAGUAUAAGCCCCAUUUCGGACUUGGAGUUUUGCAGAAAAUAUUGGGCGAGCUUUUAAAACUUGAUUAUGGAGAAUAUUUAUUACAUCAUGUGCCCAAAAGUGGGGCUUUUGCUAGCUUAAUGAAAAAAUGCGACGAAAGUGCACCUGAUGGUUUAAAUUUAAGUAAUUUAUUUGAAGAAAGAAAUGUGGAUUUAACUCUGGAUAAUAUUCCUUGGCUUCCUAUUGAUGUAAAUUUUGUUUUGCCCGUUUUAGAGGCUAAAAAUAGAUUACCAGCCAUGUUUACGCCAUUAAAACCUCGGAAAGAUUUUUUUAAAUUCAAAAACAAAGGUAAAAAGAAAAAAGGAGUAAAGAAAAGCGGGUCAAAACAAUAAAAGGAUGUAUAAAUAAUUAUUUAUUUUUUACAAUGUUUAAGCAUAACUAAGAAUUAUCAAAAUACAACUAGAAAUGUUAAAACUUUUAUUACUUAUACCAAUAUUUUCAAAUUAAAAAUUUACAACAAAAUGAUGAAUUCCAAAGGAGUUAAUAAUAAAGUUUUAUACAAACCACAAUUGAUUAGUUAUUUGUAAAAUCCCCAAAAAAACUAAAAAUAUGUUAAUUAUUUACAUUUUAACAUGUUCUUUUAGUACUGAAAUAAUGCCAAUUUUUAUGGUUAUUGAGGAAACUGUUAUAUUAUCAGGUAAAUUUUUAUGUAGGAAAAAUACAGUCUGUUUAUUUUAUAUUUUGUUUAAUUAUUAAGUAAAAUAUAAACCUAAGACAACUUUUUAGCCUUCUGAUAAAGUGUAUCUACCACUUUACUCAUACUCUGUAUUGUUUCUAAAGCCAUUUCAUAUGUUUUAUCUACUGGAGUUUCUUCAAAUACAAUAAGCACACCUA